AUGGAGAACACUCGGGUGUUUGUCAGUGGGCUUCCGCCUACCUGCUCGAAUGAGCAGCUUCGCAGUCAUUUUGCAGGUCGAUUCACAGUGACAGACGCUCACGUCUUGCCUAAGAGGCGGAUGGGGUUCGUUGGUUUUAAGAGCAAUGAAGCCGCUCUGGAUGCUGUGAAGUACUUCAAUAGGACCUACAUGAAGAUGUCCAGGAUCUCGGUAGAUCUUGCCCGACCGAUUGAUUCUAAAUCCACAGAGCGCUCUCAUCCCACAAGGAGACUGGAUCCCAGCAAUGACGUGGAGAAUGUCCUCAAACGUAAACGCGAGGCCGACGCUCAGCGUCAGGAUCCCAAGUUACAGGAGUAUCUUGCCUUGACUCAGGCCUCUAAGACAAGGACUUGGGCGAAUGAUGACACCACCGCAAUGGCUAUGGCUGCUCAGCAAGCCGAGCCUCCAACUAACCCCCAACCCCAGGAAAUCAAACACACCGAGGAACUUCCUUCACACCCCAAGAAAGCUCGCUUGCAAGAAUCCCUUAAUCACAUCAAGAGUGAUGAACCUCAGGUCUCAGAAGAGCUUGAGGUCGAGGAAGAGACCGAGGCAACCACAGAACCACAGGAGAUGUCGCAGUCCGCAGCUGGCGAAGCAGCUCCAGUAUCAGAUAGUGACUGGCUUCGGUCGAAGACUAGCCGGCUCCUUGGCCUUUUGGAUGAGGAAGAGCAGGCUGACUUUGAUCAACAGAAAGCUGCUCAACCAGCUGAGUCACCCGUCUUUGAGCAGGGAGAAUCACGAACCACCGCCUUCGAUGGUGAAGUUCAACCGGCUCGUCAAGAAGUCUCAAUGCAGGAUACCGACACUGCCGAGCCUGAACCCGAGCCUGAGAAGCCUGACCCAAACGUUGAGCUCAUCCGGGAGUCUGCACGCUUGUUCCUACGGAAUUUAGCUUACGACAUCACGGAUGCGGACCUUGAGCCGAUUUUUGCUCCGUUUGGGAAACUCGAUGAGAUUCACGUCGCUUUUGAUACUCGGACUGAAACCAGCAAAGGGUUUGCCUACAUCCAGUACACAAAUGCCGAUGCAGCUAUCGAGGCAUAUCGUGCUCUGGAUGGGAAGCACUUCCAGGGACGGUUAUUACACAUUCUACCUGCCACGGCAAAGAAGACCUACAAGAUUGACGAUGUGGAACUGUCAAAACUCCCCUUGAAGAAACAGAAGCAAAUAAAACGUAAAUUGGGUGCCACUUCGUCUACUUUUAGUUGGAAUUCUCUGUACAUGAAUGCCGACGCUGUCAUGUCCUCAGUCGCCGACAGGCUCGGUGUCAGUAAAGCGGAUCUCCUCGACCCGACAUCUUCAGACGCUGCAGUGAAGCAAGCGCACGCCGAGACCCACGUCAUCCAAGAGACCAAGGCUUACUUUGCAUCCAACGGAGUCAACAUUGAAGCAUUCAAGGAACGUGAGCGUGGCAAUACCGCCAUCUUGGUGAAGAACUUUUCUUUUGGGGUCAAAUCCUCUGACCUACGCAGUCUGUUUGAACCCUACGGCCAGAUCACACGGCUCCUCAUGCCUCCCAGCGGCACCAUUGCCAUUGUGGAGUUUGCCAGGCCCGAUCAGGCUCAGGCUGCGUUCAAAGGUCUCGCCUAUCGGAAAAUCGGCGACUCCAUUCUUUUCUUGGAGAAAGCGCCCAAGAAUUUAUUCGACGGGACUGCUCAGGUCACGGCUGUUCCCGAGACCCAGGCCAAGUCGCAAGGGUUCUCUACAUCAGAUACUUUCGCGGCAGAUGAGCCCGAUACAGGCAUCACUUCAACUUUGUUCAUCAAGAACUUGAACUUUGCCACUACAAACGAACGGUUCCUGGAGGUUUUCCGUCCUCUGGAAGGAUUUGUGACCGGCCGCAUCAAGACCAAGCCAGAUCCCAAGCGGCCCGGACAGACUCUCAGUAUGGGCUUUGGCUUUGCGGAGUUCAAAACCAAGGCACAAGCUCAGGCAGCUCUCGCGGCUAUGAAUGGGUACAAGCUUGAUCAGCAUGAGCUUGUGAUCCGCGCCUCCCACAAGGGCAUGGAUGCUGCCGAGGAACGGAGACGGGAGGAUACCGCGAAGAAGAUUGCGGCCCGACGGACCAAGAUCAUCAUCAAGAACUUGCCAUUCCAGGUCACCAAGAAAGACAUUCGUGCAUUGUUUGGAGCCUAUGGCCAACUUCGCUCUGUGCGAGUCCCGCAGAAGUUCGAUCGGUCCGCUCGUGGUUUUGGUUUCGCCGACUUUAUCAGUGCCCGGGAAGCCGAGAAUGCGAUGGACGCAUUGAAAAACACCCAUUUGCUUGGCCGCCGACUUGUUCUGGAAUUCGCCAACGAAGAAGCAAUUGAUGCCGAGGAAGAGAUCGCGAAGAUUGAAAAGAAGGUGGGAGAGCAGGUAGACAGGGUCAAGCUUCAACAGCUCACUAGCGGAGGGCGUAAGAAGUUCACAGUAGGGGGAGGAGACGAGGAUGAGGCAUGA